AUGAAGAAACAUUUCGCUUCAUGUGGAGAGGUGAUACAUGUUCACAUUCCCGGAUACAGUGAAUACUCUAGUAUCGUCGACGGCCUCAGCAGAUUUGCCUUGGUUUAUCUUCGUGGAGAAGGGGCAGAAGACAAGGCGUUGGAACUUAGUGGUGCAAGGUUGGAACUUAUUGGUGGAAGUUACAGCAGCGGAGAAAACAAGUUGGUCGUUAGGCCUUACCCAUUUGGUGCCAAAAACUCUGACCGUGCUUUGGCUCGUGAGUUGGCUCGUACGAGAAAGAUAGACAAAGAGGACACUUGCAGAAUGCUUGUUGCUGGAUAUGACACUUCGCUUCCCGUGCCUUACCUCAAGAAAGUGCUGCUUAAACACUUCUCUCGAUGUGGAAAAGUCUUGUUUUUACAUGUUCGCAAUGGCGAAAACGAAGAACCUCUUGCCUCGAGAGUCGCUAUCGUUGAUAUUAAGGGGAUACACGCACUAGAGAAGGCGCUGCGACUUAAAAGUAAAGAGGAAGGACUGGAGAAUGUUAAAGUUUGUGUGGUUGACCAUCCAUCCAAAAAUGGAGCGCUCUGCUGUAAUGGGCCAAUGAUGACGUGGGAUCCAAAGUUUGAUGCUACAGCUCCUGUGGAUCCCAGUCUCCCUAAGCCUCCUCCUUCGUUCUGGAGUAAGAGACCUUCGAUAGUCCGUUACGCACCUGAGGAUCCAUCUCUCCCUAAGCCAUGGAAAGCUCUUGUGGAUCUUGGCAGUGGGUUUAAGUACUUUUGGAAUACAGAGACUAAUGAUACCCAGUACAACGAACCUGAAUCUGAUUCAGAUUCAGAUUCAGAGACUGAGACUGAUGAUACCCAGCUCAACUCGUCCAGUGGUUACAAUCUCCGUAAGCGUCAGUGCACGACUCGUCCAGUAACUACAAUCUCCGUAAGCGUAAGUGCACUCUUGCAUGCUUGGCUUUAA